UUUGGUCAUAAAGACAUACUGACCGGCAGGUAGCGUCCACGUAUUAGAUUUAUAAUAAACUUGAAAUCACGGGCCUGUAGCCGCCCCAGAAAAUGCCAACUGCUUGAACAGCAAUCAAUCGAACCAGGAUGAUUCUGCCGGAACGCAGCCGCUUCGUGAUCUAUGCCUUGGGCAUUUUCGUUUGCUACUUUCUGUACGGCAUUGUGCAGGAGAAGCUGACGCGGGGCCGCUACGGAGAGGAAGUGCAAACGGACGGAUCCGUGGGCGAACGCUUCACCUAUGCCUUGGCCCUGGUGUGGGUACAGUGCCUCUGCAACUAUGUAUUUGCCAAAGGCCUUCUGACCGUGCGUCCGCAAAAAGAGGACACAACCCAUGUGGGAUCCUAUGUGGCCUGCUCCCUCACGUAUCUGCUGGCUAUGGUGUCAACUAAUAUGGCCAUGCGCUGGGUGCCAUAUCCAACGGCUGUGGUUGGUAAGUCCGCCAAGCCAAUUCCAGUUAUGAUCCUGGGCGUGCUCAUUGGAAGAAAGUCGUACAGCUGGACGCGAUACGCCUGUGUGCUCACCAUUGUGCUGGGCGUUAUUCUGUUCAUGUACAAAGAAGGCAAGGUGUCCAAUUUGCCGGCAGAGACAACAAUGCUGGGUGAGGUGUUGCUCUUCCUCAGUCUCUCUAUGGAUGGCUUAACCGGCGCUGUACAGGAGCGCAUCCGAGCAGCAAGUGCGCCGUCGGGUCAGCAGAUGAUGAAAGCAAUGAACUUCUGGAGCACACUGAUGCUGGGCGCGGCCAUGGUUUUCACCGGAGAGGCGAAGGAGUUCCUGUAUUUCACACUUCGGCAUCCAGAGGCCUGGACCCAUUUGUCCCUGAUUUCUGUGUGCGGUGUCCUCGGGCAGUUUUUCAUAUUUCUAAUGGUAGCCAACUUUGGGCCGCUGGCCUGCUCCGUUGUCACAACCACGCGCAAGUUCUUUACUGUUUUGUGCUCUGUUCUGCUCUUCGGCAACGUCUUAAUUGCCCGCCAAUGGCUUGGAGCGGUCCUCGUCUUCGCCGCAUUAUUCGUGGACAUGUUGUACGGGAAGCAGAAGUCGCCAGCAGCGCCCGCCAAGAAGCCACCCGCCGAAGGUAGGGUGUCAGAGGAGAUGAAAAAGCUGACUUCGUAGAAUUUUUCGUGUGCUAAUGUACACAUGUAUGUACAUACAUAACCACUUUUAGCGAAGACAACGCUUUCGACUUUCUGUUAAUCGUACAAAGGGUUUGCUUUAGCUAUAGCGAAAAUAUGACAUUCGAUUCGAUUGAUCUGCAAAACCCAAAAAAAAAAAA